GCUGGGGCUGGAAAGGAGAGAAAUGAAGUUGAAAUUAGAGGUCUUUUUUUUAGAAAUAUAGGGCUGCCCAGAGCUCAAAGAGCAGCUUCUGGUUUAAAAGGACUGUGGUCCACACUCCUUUGCCUUCCAGCCCUUGUGGGCACAGGGCACUGAGGUUUGACUGAACCCGAGAGGUCAACAGUGUCGCCUUUUAAGCCCAAGCAUGUAUGGAUGGUGUUAAUUAGCCACAGUCAUGUGGGGCCAUCAUCCCUGGAGUGCCCACAAAGUGCAGGAUGGUGGGUGGGUAUUAUUCCUGUCCCCAGCACCCCAUGAGUUGUGCCUGCUACAUUUGGCAUGCUAAGAAACGAGGCUGCACAGCUCCCAAAUGCUGAGGGUAGGUUCCACUCAGGUCCUGGCUGACAGCUCUGUGCAGCUGACCUUCUGCUGCCUGCCCCCCCCCCAUACUCCCACCCUUCUUGCUUGACUCCACAUCUACUUCCCCUAGCCCUGCUGACUCGGGCCUGGGGAUCACUGGUCCAGGUGAAAGCUCCUGUUCCCACACUCUGGAGUGGGCCAUGGGGGACACUACGGGCUCCACAAGAUACAGAGGACCCAGCUUGAAUGUCAGCCCUGGCUUUUAUCAACCAUGCAACCCUCCACAAGGCACUUCACUUGUUGGAGCCCCGAUUUCCCCAUCUACAAAGAGGAUAAGAGCAGUGGCACUCUUGUGGUUGUUUGGGAGGAUUCCAUGAGCAAACACAUGUAGCCAUUUUACGCACAGUGCCUGGGCACAGUUGAUGCUCACUAAAUGGUGUUCUCCAUCGCCGUCUUCGGGCCCAUAGUCAACGAGGGCUACGUGAACGCCGACAGCGGCCCGGAGCUGCGCUGCGUCUUCAACGGCAACGCGGGUGCCUGCCGCUUCGGCGUCGCGCUCGGCCUUGGGGCCUUCUUCGCCUGCGCCGCGUUCCUGCUGCUCGACGUGCGCUUCCAGCAGAUCAGCAGCGUCCGCGACCGUCGCCGCGCGGUGCUGCUGGACCUGGGCUUCUCAGGGCUCUGGUCCUUCCUGUGGUUCGUGGGCUUUUGUUUCCUCACCAACCAGUGGCAGCGCACGGCGCCCGGGCCGGGCACGACGCAGGCGGCAGACGCGGCGCGGGCCGCCAUUGCCUUCAGCUUCUUUUCCAUCCUCAGCUGGGCGGCGCUUACCGUGAAGGCCCUGCAGCGGUUCCGUCUGGGCACCGACAUGUCGCUCUUUGCCACCGAACAGCUGGGUGCUGGGGCGGGCCAGACCUACCCAGGCUACCCAGUGGGCAGCGGUGUGGAGGGCACCGAGACCUACCAGAGCCCGCCCUUCACCGAGACUCUGGACACCAGCCCCAAAGGGUACCAGGUUCCUGCCUACUAGUGGCCAGCAGGCCCAGACCAAGGCACAAAGGCUGCCCCACCAAUGCAGGAUCCAAGGCUUCCUGGGACCUCCCUCAGGUCCUCCUGGCCCAGCAGCAACGUGUGGAUGCUGUGGGCCAUCUGGGGCCAAGAGAGGGUAGCCUCCAGGGUGCCUGGGCUGUUCCCCCCAAGUUCCUCCAGUCCCUUUAGUCCCCAGCCCAGGGCCAGAGGUCCUGAGGAGAGAACAGCACAGCCCUGGGCACGUGUCCUUCAGCCUCCAGUGGACCAGCCUAGGCAGCGGGCCAUUCCCCUCAUGAGCCAGCCAGGCAGGGCUCACCUGUACACUCUGGUGUCAGGGGUCCAGCUGCCCUCCAUAGCCAGAUGCAGGGGCUGCCCUGGACUGGGGGUGACUGGGGGAAGGGACACCACCCUUACCCCGUGGCCACUGUUCCCCAUCCCCUGUCCCUGUGGGUAGUGGUGGUCCUUGCUCUGUCCUGGUGGUUCACCCUGUAGGGCCAUGUGCUCUGUCUGGAGCCUCCCUCCAUUUCCUCUUACAGGCUCACUAGAGUAGCCCAGCCCUGUCGAUGUUGUGAUUGUGGUCAAGUCUUCAGGUUUCACCUCGUAGUUCCCCACAAGCAGCCCCUCUUUUCUGUGGCCCCAGCUCCGGCCCUUACCUGCCUUGGCCCAGGCCCUUGCUGGGGUGCGGGCAGCUCUGGCCAGGAAAGCACAACAUGGCUGUAGGCCUGGGCAUCAGCCCUCUCCCAGCCCUUCAGUAAGACCUUGCCCAAGGGAGGCUCCAGACAUCUGGGUGCCCAGCAGGACACACCCCUCACGAGGAGAGAGGCCUAGAGGCUUCACCUUCCCACCGUGCCCUGGAGACAGCCAUUCCCCGCAAACCCCUUUACCUCGGCUCCCUGGACUAGUCCCUCAGCUCCCCACACUGCACCCCAUUUUAAGGCCCAGCCCAAGGUUGGGGGUCCCUUUGCAUAGCUGAGUACUCAUGCAUUGCUCAAAGCUGGCUUUUCACAUUAAGUCAAUACCAAAUGUGGUUGCCACAUUACAUUUUUACAGACAGUCGCCUCCCUCUGGAGUUGCAGUUGAGUGACAACCCUGUACAUUGUAGCAUAGACCAAUUAUUUGUGGAUAUUUAAGUGAACAUGUUUACAAUUUUUGUAUAUAUGAGUCUCUCCCUCCCUCUUCUGAAAGAACAAUCUGUGAUUGUGUAUUUUCAGUGUCCCAUGUUCCAACUGCAGCUUCUUUACAAUAAAGACUGUAAAUGAGUUUACUGUG